AUGAACAAUGUAUUAUCAUCCUGUACUAAUUUUUCUGUAGUUUAUUUAGAUGAUAUAGUCAUUUUUUCUCGUACUCACGAUGAACAUUUAAUUCAUCUUGAAAAAGUUUUAAAUGCUUUACAAUUACAUAAUUUAACAUUAACUCCAACAAAAUGUGAAAUAGCUAAACAAACAAUUGAAUAUUUAGGACAUGUAAUUAAUUCAACAACAAUUACUCCAUUAUCAGACACAAUAAAAUCAAUUGUUUUAUUACCAGAACCUAAAUCAUUAGCUCAAGCAAACCGUUUUAUAGGUGCUCUAUCAUGGUACAGAAAAUUUAUUCCAAACUUUGCAAGUAUUGCAGCACCUAUUCAUGCCAUAACCAAUCUUUCAAAAUCACAUCGAUAUAAAUUUAAAUGGGGUCCUGAACAAUCAAAAUCUUUUAAUGAUUUAAAACAAUUAUUAACCUCAUCUCCACUUCUUUUGAAUUUUCCUGAUGAUACACAACCUGUAUUAUUAUCAACUGAUGCAUCUAAAGUAGGAACAGGUGGUGUUCUUUACCAAAAGAUUAAUAAUGUUAAAAAAAUACUUUAUUAUCAUUCCGAAUUAUUAUCAUCAUCAUCAUCAUCACAAAAACGUUAUCAUCCUAUUGAACUUGAAGUAAUAGCAAUAUUUAAAUGUAUUAAUCGAAUGAAAUCCUUUUUACUUGGUCAAAAUAUAAUUAUUUACACUGAUAAUUGUCCUAUUUGUCAUUUGAUGGACAAACACAUUGAUAAUAAACAUGUUGAAAAAAUAUCAAUAUUACUUCAAAAAUUUAAUAUUCAACAAAUUAUACAAGUCAAAGGAAAAUAUAAUUGUCUACCUGAUUAUCUUUCACGUCAUCCUAUCUCAUAUGAUGAUGGAUUGCUUGAUUCUGAAUAUGGGUUAGGAUUCACGGAAGAUAAAUCUUCUAUUCAAUUGCCUGGUGCAGUUGUUACACGAUCACAAUCUAAAGCAACAUCGGCUAAUGUUACCUCUCCAUCUUCAACACAAACUCCUUCAGCUUCCUCAUCGUUUCCUUCAGCUGUUUCUACUCAUUUAAGUUAUCUUAAUCAAUAUUUCGAUCUUACGAAAUUAAAAGAACAUCAAAAUAAUGAUAUUCAAAUUCAAAAAAAUUAUUAA